AUGUUGAGUAAGGGCAACCCUCCGCUCCUACUUUCUUCACCGUGUGGAAAGACAAUUAAACACAUACUUCCGUCUGGACUGACUCACCAAACGGACUGCUUGACAGGGCAAUAAUACGCGAACGCAGCGCGGGUUCAGGAGGCAGCACAGUCUCAGCUUCAUCCACUCCAGGCUGCUGCCGCUCAAACCACAAUAGGUCGUUAACCCGCGGUUGUUUUUAUUUCAACAAACAGAACAAUAAUGGACGGGAAUAUUUGCAACAUCCAGGUGCUUCUACGGGCUGCUGAGUUUCUGGAGAGAAGAGAGCGAGAGGCGGAACAUGGAUACGCUUCAGUGCAGCCUCUCAGUCCAGAUCACUCCGACAAGAGGAGCAAACAGAAGAGCAAAAAGACUUCUUCUGGGGGCAAUAGGUCGGUUCACAACGAGCUGGAAAAAAACAGACGCGCACAGCUGAGGGAGUGCCUGGAGCAGCUCAAGAAGCAAGUCCCUCUGACAUCUGACUCGAUGAGGAACACCACGCUCAACCUGCUGAGACGAGCCCAGCUCCACAUCAAGAAGCUGAAGGAGCAGGACCAGCGCGCCGAGCAGCUGAAGAGCCGCCUGCGCUGGGAGCAGAGAGAGCUGCGGGUUCGUCUGGAGCAGCUGCAGAGGGGCACGGAAAGGAUGAGGAACGACAGCCACGGGUCCACCAUGUCGUCCGAGAGGUCGGACUCCGACAGAGAGGAUGUGGAGGUCGACGUGGAAAGCGUCGUGUUCGACUGCCUGGACUCGGACGGACUGAGCAUCACGCACACCGGUGCAGACCACUGUUACUCCAGCGCGGACAAAGCCUGGCUAUGACAGCGGAAAGCAUACGGUAACUCGUGUCAUGUGACCGGGUGGACGUGAAGAGGAGCAAAACAUUCCAAAACACCAGACGCCGCAGGGGGAGUAGACUAAAACGCCAAUCUCACUGUACAACUGAACAGUGUUUUGUUUUUUUACAGCAGUAACUUAAUAUUAUCUUUUAAAAAAUGAACAAUGACGUUAUAAAUGAGCUGUUUUCAUUUGCACUGAAUAGCAGUUAAUGGGCUGGGAUGGAUGUACCAUGUUGUACACGUAUGUAUUUCCAGCCAUUAACGUCAGUUUACUUCCCACGAACGACUCUUUUUGCUUCAACUGCUUUCUUGAAAUCCAAAUAAGGGCCUUCUGAUACAAACCUCUUAACUUAUUCUUUACUACAGUAUGUAUGUCUAUACUGAAUUCUGCCUUAAAUAAGAUUUUAUUUGGUAUCCCAUACUACUUUUCUUUUUAGCACUACGUUCAUAUUUUAGCAAUGUCAUGUGUAGCAUGCACUUAAACAUUCACCUGUGCUAUUAUUGUCUUAUUAUUAUUAUCAUGUAAGUUAGACCGUCAUGUCUUGUUCUUCUGUAGCACAAAGCCACCAUACAUUACACUUGUUUGGUCUCAAAACAAUUGCAAAUGUAUCUAAAUGAAAACCGAACACAAAAGAACGGGUCAUGUUUGCACAUUUGUAUCCGGCAAUUAAGUAAAAUUUGGCAAAUACUAAUCUAGUGUAUUUGUACAGAAUUCAGUCUGAUCAAGUGGAAGAAUUUUAAUGCCUGUAUUUAAAGAUGAUUUGUGAGCGCGUGUGGGGAGAGUACAAUGACAGUUUUAUUCACUGCUUAAAUGAACUGAUCUGCUUCUUAGAGGUGUGCACUAUUACAACUACACGUCAUCGCUUGUGCAUUUUUCACAUCAAUUAUGCACCACAGUCUGACAGUGUAUGUCAACUUGUUAUUAUGCAACUUACGCUGUAUCACAAGUUUGUUUCAUAUCUAUUGCUAAAUAUUUAACAACAGAAGGUGCUUUUCCCCUUCACUCCUGUAUGCAAUAUGCCUUAUUACCUUUUAAUACUAUGUAUGCAUUCAUCUGUCCUCCGCCCAGUAAAAUAAUGUAGCAUUUUU